UUCUAAUAAUUCAUCAUUAAACACCUAUUAAUGCGGGCAUGACUUGUUCACCAGCGAUAUCGUCAAGUUACUGGGUAUAUGGUGGCGAUGACGUCGUAGCGUCGACUAUGUGGUAGCUGAGCACAAACCAUUUCGACUUUGUCAGCAGCCGUUGGGCAGACCCACCUUCAGCUUCCGCGGAGGCUCCGUUCAAAAGGACAUAUCUCGCCCAACGCCUUAUCUCGUCCAUUUGAACCAUUUGAAGCCUUAAAACAUAACAGAUUGCCAUACGUACAGCCUAUGUAGUACUGCAUGCGUGUGCAUUGCUUGAAAUAACGCCUAGCUAUGAUGGGGCGUCCAAAUACUCCCAGAAAGUCCUGCGACUUUUGCUAUGUGCGCAAAAUAAAGUGCGACACAAAACAGCCCCGCUGCUCAAACUGCAUCGCAUAUGCGAAAGACUGUACCUUUGGUGAACCGAGCCGUCGAGCGCGACCGAAACGCAGAAAGGUUUCCCAAUUGAGUGAAGAGGAUGCCUCCAACUUACACGAUCGCGUUCGACAACUGGAAAUUCUACUUGGACAAUCUGCCGAAAGGUCAAAGAUCAACGAAAAGGAAGACGACCAUCAAAAUGUGCUGCAGGAACCGACGCCAACUUCAACGUCGACUUCGACAUCCAACACUCCAAUCCCGCUGGGGGUAAUCGAGGACAGCAGUACGGCCUACCCCGGCUCUUCCAGAACAUUAGAUCUACCUCCAUUGCGGCAGGUACUACACACCGUCCAUUUGUUCCUGGAGAAGUCUAACAGCGUUCUCCCCCUGUUCCACCCCGACACCCUCCUUGAGCUCGUCCACGAGACUUACAAAGUCGAUGCGCGACAUCGGGAUCCGGUAGCGUGGGCCGCGAUUAACAUUGUGCUGGCACUUGCACACCGACAGCGCCUGUUGGGUAGCAGCACUAUUGAUCAGGCGCUCAGAUAUCUCAGUAGAGCCCAGUCUGUCUUGUCAGACGUCGUGUUGAAGGAGACCGAGCUGCUCAACGUCCAGGUCUUGGUGGGCAUGGUGAUGCUUUUGCAACCUGCAGAAGAUAUCCAGCCUGCGGUGAUCUUGAUAGCCACAACGAUACGCCUCGCGCAUAGAAUUGGCCUUCACAACCGAGCCUCCGCGGCACACGUGAGUCCCAUUGAGGCUCGACAGCGCGCCCGCGUCUUUUGGCUGGCAUACAUCCUAGACAAGGAUCUCAGUUUACGUUCAAGACAGCCCUCGAUCCAGCGUGACGACGACAUAGACCUUGACCUCCCUUAUCCUUCUGAAGACAAACAAUGUCAACCCAGCGGGCAUCUGACAGAUCAAAACGACGGCUCAGUCUCUACUAUUACCUUUACCGCCGACGAAGCCGUGAAGAUGAAUUUUUUUGUUUCUCGAAUCCACCUGGCGGUCAUCCAAGGCGGCAUGUAUGAUUAUUUACACUCUACAGCUGCUCAAAAACGCAGCGCAGAGGAGAGAUCGCACGCUUUGCAGAGUAUUUCAAGUGCGCUUGAACAAUGGAAGUUGUCUACCCCACUUGAGUUCAGCCAAGUCGAAGCAUUGCAGGCACUGUCACCCGCAACAUUAUGGUUCCUUGGUUCUUUGAAAGCCGCUAGUCUACAGUGCACGACUCUUCUCAACCAAGCAGAUGCAUGGAAUUCCGAAUGGGUGACCAGUCUGCGGAAGUGCGACAACGAUGGCACAAUCCCCGAGCUACCACCUCAGUGGGCUCAAGUGGUAGACGAGGGUCGUCAUCUCCUAGUCUUGAAUGAACGAUUAGGUGGUUUAGAUCGCUGGAGCUUUCGGUAAGUGCGAGCCUGUUCGAAAUAGAUCCUGAAGUUUUCGCGUCUAUCCUCAUUACUUGAUCAUGAAUUGCUCGACAAAGCUCGCCGACUGACUUACUAUUGCAGGUCGAUAGGGUGCUCGUACAUGACAGCCAUGUUAUUGUUGAUAGCCAACACCAUGCAGAAUCCUCGGCAUGAAUUGGCGGCUGACGACGACCCACUCGUCCAGGCUGCUUUGGUCCAGCUAGACCGAAUUAUCGACGAGAUCAAGGUGGAUAGACUGCGCUCUUUCCAUGGUGUAUGCCUCGAUUUGCAUCAACAUGUUCAACAGAAGCGCCAGGACUUGAUGACAUGGGCAGCAAUAGCGGCAAACGAGGGAGAUCCUAAUCUAGAUUUUCUAGAUCCCGGAUGGACCCAGAGUAAUCUUUUAAUGUAGAAACACUGUAAGAAGUAUUGUACAUAGACUCAUGCCGUAAUAAAACGGCUAUACUGUGAUGAUAAUUAUUAUACAUCCAGCUUCUA